AAUAGUAACUAAAAAAAAUAAUUAAGGCGAAUUUUCGUAUUCAUUUAAUAUUCCACAUUUGAGACUUCUUUGUUUGUCGAUUCAGUUUAGUUUUUCUGCUCGAUCCGGGUGCGCGUCGCGUCUAUUGUGGUUUAGCUAAAUAGCUCAACACCAAGCCUAAAUCGCGUGUAAAAUGAAACAACCUAGAGCUACGCGAUACUCCAGUCGCGGACGCAAGAUGCAGGCUCCCCAGGAAGCCGCUGUUUUAAACAAAACUGAAACUGCAUCCAAACCCAAAUCCCGCGGAGGGAUCAGCGAGAAAUUUGGUGAUGAUGAUGGUUUGGGAUCGGAAUUCAUCAAGAAGCCUGUGAGUCGGAAGCGAGCGCACCGCUCUACUUCCGCAGGAGCAUCCUUGUCCAAGAAUUUAUCAAGUGAUUCUCCAUCAAGCUAUUUUUCAUCACGUGAUUCUUUAAGAGAUUCUUUAUCAAGAGAUUCUUUAUCAAGAGAUUCUUUAUCAAGAGAUUUUUUAUCAAGAGAUUAUUUAUCAAGAGAUUCUUUAUCAAGAGAUUCUUUAUCAAGAGGUUCUUCAUCAAGAGAUUCUUUAUCAAGCGAUUCUUUAUCAAGCGAUUCUUCAUCAAAGGAUUCUUCAAAUGAUUCUCCAUCAAGUGAUUCUCCAUCAGUUGAUUCUCCUUCAAGGGAUUAUUCAAGUGAUUCUUCAAUUGACAAUGUGUCAAGUUAUUUUUCAUCACGUGAUUCUUUAAGAGAUUCUUUAUCAAGAGAUUCUUUAUCAAGAGAUUCUUUAUCAAGAGAUUCUUUAUCAAGAGGUUCCUUAUCAAGAGGUUCCUUAUCAAGAGGUUCUUCAUCAAGAGAUUCUUUAUCAAGCGAUUCUUCAUCAAGUGAUUCUCCAUCAAGUGAUUCUCCAUCAAAGGAUUCUUCAAAUGAUUCUCCAUCAAGUGAUUCUCCAUCAGUUGAUUCUCCUUCAAGCGAUUAUUCAAGUGAUUCUUCAAUUGACAAUGUGUCAAGUUAUUUUACAAGUGAUUCUUCGUCAAGGCGCACCGUGCAGGAGAGCUCGGAGGACGAAGAUGAUUUGCUCCAGCCGCGUCCUUCCACAAGCCGCGGCCUGACCAGUUCGUCGUUCCAUCGCCAGCUGCCUAACUACGCUUACGAUAGUGAUUCGCUUUCCGAGGACGAGGUCCGUCCGCACUUCGGGGCCUCCAAGAAGUCCGGAGUCGUGCGUAAGAGAGAAGACACACCGACACCCCCCUCGUCACCGCCCCUGAAGCGGAGGAAGCACUCGACCGAGCGCCCCGAUCCCACCAAUGAGGGACAGGAGCCCAUUCUCAUUUGGGGAAUGGUCUGCAAAGGGCGGAUGAAAACCAAGCCGCCAAACUGAAUCGGCUCUUCUGGAAUCCACAUUUACAUAUUUCCGAUCUUUGGUAAUCAAAUAAAUGCAA